UAACACACUAGGUUAAACGGUGUUAAAUAUUAUGGCCAAUGCACCGAAAACGCAAAGCCCAACGGAUGGUCGGACCUCGGAAAUUGCCACAGUGCAAAACACUGAACUGGCGGAAUUUAAGCAUCCACUUCCUAGCAGUGGCGAACGUCGUAAAAUUAAACCAAAGAUCUUAACCGAAGAGCGCUACAUUGAGGAGAUGUCCAAAAUCAUUCAGCGUGACUUUUUCCCCGAUUUGGAACGGCUGCGUGCCCAAAACGACUACCUCGACGCAGAGUCCCGCCGUGAUUUUUUACUAAUGGCUGAAAUACGCGCGCGCUACAGUCUGGGUCGUGCUUACGGCAAUGGUAGCAGGCGCAAUAGUCGCAAUAAUGCCAUGUCACCAGCAACAUUCGAAACGCCAUUAAGCACAGCCAAUACCUGCCCAACGCCACUUCCGCAAACGCCAAACUCAAGCAGCAGCAGCACCAAGAGCAGCAAAAGUCACAGCCCUGCCGAAGGUGGAGGUCUGGAUGCUAUGGGACGUAAAAUGUCAUUGGACUCGUUUCUACAACACUACACCAGCGAGGAUAAUCAAAGCUUUCAGGAAAUCAUUGAGACGGCCGAGUUAAAACUGCGACAAAAGUACUCCGUGCUGUACAAUCAUGAACAGCUUUCCGCUGAUCAGCUACAGCAAGCACUCAUGCUGCCCAGCAUUGAGCAGCAGUUCGAGGAACCCGAUCCGUUGCGCAAGAUCCAGACAUGGAAAUACACCAACAUGAACUCUGUUAUGUAUGUGCCCGAUGGCGUUGAAGAGACCGAACAGGAAAACGUUCAACAGGCCGAACGGAAGCAGGCCAUUCGGCACAACGCCACCAGACUGCCAACUACAUCCCAGCCCGAAACGCAAGCCAGCAAUGCGGAUGCCAGUGCGAGUGCCAAUGGAACUGGUGAAGAGGUCAGCACGGGCACGCCACGCAUUCGGGGUUUCGAUUUGCUGCGCUCACCAUCGCCGCGACCCGGCCAGGCAUUCUCACCUAUUAUGACCUGGGGAGAGAUUGACGGCACGCCAUUUCGCCUGGAUGGCGGCGAUACGCCGCUACGCAACAUGCCCGGACCCUCGUUUCACAUCAAUGAGAACUCGCGCAGAGAGAAUAUUGCUAUUGCUCUAGCCGAAAAGGUCAGCGAAAAGAUGCGCAACCAAAAGCAACAGGCACUGAACACGGCACGGCGCAACAUAGGAUCGCCUUUUGUGCGCUCUAGCAUGGAACGUCUAGCCAGCAUGUCGCCAGCUGCGCGACGCCUUGCCACGGGCAAACUGGGCCUACGCACCCACACACCCUUGAUGACACCAUCGCCGGCAAUGCGCAAGCGAAAGAUCACUCCCAACGUGGUGCGUACAAUGCCAUCGAGCACUGGCAAACAUACUCCGGCUAAGGGUACCACCACGCCAAUUGAUACCGGCUCCACUCUGACGGAUGACUUGCUAAAAAUACCAGCAAAAAUACGAAGUGCAGCUGCCGAUUUCUUUUAGCAAUCUAAACUAUUU